AGGAUACGGAGUCAUGGGCUCGAGCUGUUCUAUUCUCAACGACACGCACCAUGAUGUCUGGAUCACUCAUGACGUCGACUGGGAAGUUUUGAUAGGGGCAACGCGUGGCUUGGUCACUUUGUGUGCAAUGGGGGCCAGUGUGCUCGCCCACGUUGCAGAGGAGGAGGGGCCGGAGGUAGAAAGGAGGACGAGUCGUAACAACGUGACCACACGCGAAAUAGCAGUAAAGAAAACAGCAGGUUUGACAAAAAAAGGUUGGCAAAAUGUGGCUUUUGUACUUGGGAUGAGCGACGCGGUGUUGUCAGAACUUCUUAGUAUACCUCAAAGCGAGGCUGAAAAGAUGAAAUCCGCCAUCAAAGAGUUCCAGGAGAAAGCGGAGUUGAUCAAGCCUGGUGAAAAGUACACAUGCUCUGGGACCCUGUCUCCCACGAUGCGUGUUUAUGUUAUGAAUGAUAAGUUGCAAUGGGACGAUCAAAGUCUCACAGGCUCUUCUGAAGACUCGGAAACUGUCUACACCAUAUCAGAGCAUUUUAAAAAGCUGGACAUAUACUAAGGAUCGAUAGCUGCAGAAGCGACUUGUUAUGAUAACUAUUGCAUACUACUGUAUACUUAACAGAUAAAAAAAUAAGGUCUCCUUGUUAGCAAGUCGAUUGACGAGAUGUCCCAAAAAUAACAAGAAAUAAUUCUAGUUUCUCCUACAAUGAAAAGUAAGCUCAAUUCAAUGGAAAAUUUUUAUUUAUUAAAUUAAAACGUCUGAAAAACAUACAACUCCAAACUAAGUAACUGUAUGUAAUAGAGGUGUGCGAAUCCGAUCCGAAUCCGAUCCGAUCGGAUCGGAUUUCGUUUUGUUUCUGUCGGAUCGGAUUUUGCAGGUUUUUUGUCGGAUCGGUUCGGAUUUGAUUUUUCUUGUAUCACGUCGAAUUAUUCGAAUAUUUUUACAAAUUGGGAAAGUUCUAUAUUCUGCAGCUGUAUUCCACACCUGGUAUAAAAGUGUUUUGAGUUCUUGUGACAUAUAUUUCUAAAAAGAGUUUUGAGUUAUUUGGAUUUUGGAGUCUUUGGACGUAUAUUUCUCAGUUACGUACGGGAAUUGGAUAUAUAGGAAAUUUAGGAAUGUUGUGUUUUUUUGUUUGGUUUGUUAGGUUUAUGUAUCAUGAAGCCUGACAAUGAGGUUUAUUAGUGAUAAACUUUAAGAUGUUUUAAAAUGUAAACCUAGCUCAAGCUCAUGAUUUAUUAUACUGAAUAAAACAUUUUUGACUAGUUGGGGUUUUUUUCUAUGCUAAUUCUAAUAAAAUAUAAACUGCUGUUACUGUGUACUGUAAAGGUGAACGCUAUAAGGCAUAAUUAUGUGAUAUCGCCCUGCAAUUUUUAUCGGAUUCGUAUCUGCUUAUUUUUGCUAGAAAUUCAUUAUUUCCAAUAUAUCGUUUAUGAUCAUGAAAAAAUACGUUCAUAAUAAUUAACGCACGCUGUACACAACUUAAGAUCGGAUCGGAUUACGAAUUUUAGCAUCGGAUCGGAUCGGAUUUUAUAAACAUUGUUUCGGAUCGGAUCGGAUUACUUUUUUCGUCUUCGGAUCGGAUUCGGAUUGAGAACUUAGACAAACCAUCGGAUUGAGAGAGGUCAAUCCGAUCCGACGCACACCUCUAGUAUGUAAGUAAAAACAUUCUCUAUGUACAGGGUGUCCCCCAAAAAUGCCCCCACUAUACUUUGUAAUAUUGCAACGUCAGCUUUGAUAGAAUUCGAAGUUUCAGGUUGUUAUACUAGAUAAAAUAAUUAGCCUAUCAUUGUAAGCCAUUGAUAGUUGACUUACCAAAAUAAAUUUGCCUUCUAGAUUCACUUAAGGGUGCCAUC